UCUCCCGCGGGGCUCAGUCGCUCGCGCUCUUUCAGCGCUCAGCCAGAGGCCGGCGGGAGGGGGUCAUGGGCGGCCUCUUGGGGCGCGCCGCGCUGCCGGGGCUGCUGAGCGGUCCGCGGGCCCCGGGCCCGAGACUGUUCGUACGCCCCAGCUCGGGAGGGGCCUCCUGGACACGGGAGCGGACCCUGGUUGCCGUGAAGCCAGAUGGGGUGCAGCGGCGGCUUGUUGGGGACGUGAUCCAGCGCUUUGAGAGGAGGGGCUUCAAGCUGGUGGGGAUGAAGAUGCUCCAGGCGCCAGAGAGAGUCCUUGCUGAGCACUACCAUGACCUGCAGAGGAAGCCUUUCUACCCAGCCCUCAUCAGCUACAUGACCUCCGGCCCUGUGGUGGCCAUGGUCUGGGAAGGUCCCAACGUGGUCGGCUCCUCAAGGGCCAUGAUAGGACACACCGACUCUGCUGAGGCUGCCCCUGGCACCAUCAGGGGGGACUUCAGCAUCCACAUCAGCAGGAACAUCAUCCAUGCCAGCGACUCCGUGGAGGGGGCCCAGAGGGAGAUCCAGCUGUGGUUUCAGAGCAGCGAGCUGGUGGACUGGGCAGACGAAGGCCACCAGAGCGGCAUCUACCCACCAUGAGCACUCAGGUUGCCAUCAGCCACCCCAGCAGCCGCCCAGGAUCAGCUACCUCUGUUGUCCCAGACUUGAGCGCACACUGUGGUUUGCUAGUUGGCCCCAGAACACCUUCCAGUCUACCUUCUGCCCCACCCCAGCCCAGAGGGGUUGAGCAACCAACUUUACGUGCCUUUUAGAAUCGUAAGCCAGUAAGAGAUCCACUUUCUGGACCAAAGUGUCAGACAACCUUCAGGGCAUCUUCAAAAGUGUGUCAUGUAACCUCCCUUCCCCAAAACGUGGGUGGGAUAUUAAAAUUCACUGUGUUGUGUGUA